GCGCGGCGGCGGCGCCGGGGCGGGCGCGCGUCCGCGGCGGUGAUGGCGGUGCGUGAACGCGCGGCGGCAGCAAUGGCCGCUCUGGAGCGGCGGGUGCCGAGUCUCGAUGACUUCGCGGGACAGAGCUGGAGCUCGUGGGUGGAGCGGGCCGAGCUGCCCGCGGCCGACGGGGCUGAGUUGGAGGAGAGUAACAAAAACCUGAAGAAGUUGGAUGCCAUGACCCUCAUUAAAGAAGACAUGUCCAUCUUCGGGCACUGCCCUGCCCAUGACGACUUCUAUUUGGUUGUAUGUAACCAUUGCAGCCAAGUGGUGAAGCCUCAAGCUUUCCAGAAGCACUGCGAAAGAAGACAUGGGCCGCUCAGCAAGCUUUACGCCCGGGCCCCACCUCCACCUCCAGCCCCUGCCAGCUCUCAGAAAUGCCAUGUAGUGAACGGUCAGGGCCCAGCUUGUAGGGCCCCAGGUUCCACCAAAACCUCCUCCAGGGAGAAGGGCCAGGGGUCCCGGAGCCGUGGCCACCAGCCUCCUGAGAAGACCCAGAAGGACAACCUCUGCCUUUUCGUGCCUGUGGUGAAUCUGGAAAAGAUGUCCAGUCUCCCGAAGCCCGAUGGACACGGAAUCAGGGUGGCUCCACCCUCUGCUUUCCUCAGCCAGCCGGCUGGCCUCAGCAAGGACUCCCCUGGAAGAAACCCCAUGGCAUCCCCUUCUAAAGAACUUCCUGGCAGAGGGAGCAUCGAGAUAACCCCCAGCGAGGGCCCUAGUCACCGGGCUGAAGGCAGCCCGUCUGAAAAGGAGCCUGGUGGGGCCAGGCUGCCCCCUAAAACCCACCGGAAGAUGGCUCGGAAGGAGUGCGACCUCAACAGGCAGUGUGGGGUAAUAAAUCCAGAGACCAAAAAGAUCUGUACCCGCCUGCUGACCUGCAAGAUCCACUCCGUGCACCAGCGCAGGGAAGUCCAGGGCCGAGCCAAGGACUUUGACGUGCUGGUGGCAGAGCUGAAGGCCAACUCCCGCAAAGGGGAGUCUCCCAAGGAGAAGAGCCCAGGGCGCAAGGAGGCAGCUCUUGAGCGCCCCUCCCAGGAGCCCCCCUCCUCAGUCCAGGUUGUGGCAGCAGUGGCUGCUCCCAGCAGCACCUUCUCUGCUCGUGCCAAGCAGACCUACCCAUACUGUGCACUGCCCAGGUCCCGGGCCUCCUCUGAGAGUGAGUUGGAUGAUGAAGGCCCCUGUGGUGGUGAUGGGGACCCAGGCCUGUUCCCCUUCCCCCUGCCCCGGGGUGGUGCCCAGGCCUCCAGCGAGGAGAGUGAGGAGGAGGGGACAUCUGAUGACCUCCACCUCCCCACUGACUGCCAUUAUGCAACCCGGCCCCCUCGGCCGCAGGCGUUCUGCACCUUUGGGAGCCGGCUGGUGAGUCCAGGAUGCUACGUGUUUAGCCGCCGGCUGGACCGGUUCUGCUCGGCACUCAGCUCUAUGCUGGAACGGCACCUCAGCUCACACAUGUGGAAGAAGAUCCCCCCGGCGGCUGAGCCUCCAUCCCACCUUGUCAGCUCCCCACCAUCUGCUCCCCUGAGCCCAUCCUCUAUGGGCAGCUGCCCCCGCCUUCCAGGCCCACCCCCCAGACCCGCCUGCCCAGCCUCCACGCCCCCCACCAAGGACAGCCUUGGCCCCGGCUACCCUGCAGGCUCCCCCAGCGUGGCAGCCGCCUGCAGCCAGGCGGAGUGCAUGGGCGGGAGCCAGGCUAUCACCUCACCACUGCCUGCCAACACACCUUCCCCAUCCUUCAGCAAGCUCCCACCUUCCAAGGCCAGCAAGUCAUCCAAAGGCAAGGACGGGCUUGAGGUGGAGGCUCCUUCUCGAAAGCGAAAGUUAUCCCCUGGGCCCACCACUUUCAAACGGACCUGCGUCCUGGAGCCCACUGGAAAAGGCAAACCCUCUGGCUGCCGGGGCCUCUCGGCCAAGACUAAAACAGCCCUGGGCAUGGGGCUUAAUGGGACGGUGGAGCCAAGAGUGAAGCGGGCAGGGCCCCUGGACUGUCGGGGUUCCCCUCAUCAGCCCCCCACGCCAGUUAAGGCGUCUCAGCUGGACAACCAGGGAGCGGCUGGACACCCGGCCAAGGCCCUGCCGACCAACUGCCUCUCUGAGGAGGAGGUAGCCAAGAAGCGGAAAAACCUGGCCACUUACUGCCGGCCAGUGAAGGCCAAGCACUGCCAGGCUGGUGCCCCUGCCGACGCGGCCUGCUCUGUGCGCCGCAAGAAGCCGGGUCCAGCCCUGGCCUUUGAGGAGAAGUGUUCUACACUGAAGAGGGAGCCGAGACUGACCCGGUGGCUGCGGAGAGGCAGUGGGAUCAUGGCGCACCUGGUCGCUUUGGGCUUCACCAUCUUUCUGACAGUGCUGUCCCGGCCAGGAACCAGUCUUUUCUCCUGGCACCCUGUAUUCAUGGCCUUGGCGGUGAGUUUGGGCUUCUUUCUGCAGUUCUGCCUCUGCACGGCUGAGGCCAUCCUACUCUUCUCGCCUGAGCACUCCGUGUUCUUCUUCUGCUCCCGAAAGGCCCGGAUCCGACUCCAUUGGGCGGGGCAGACCCUAGCCAUCCUCUGCGCAGCCCUGGGCCUGGGCUUUAUCAUCUCCAGCAGGACCCGCAGUGAGCUGCCCCACCUGGUGUCCUGGCACAGCUGGGUAGGGGCUCUGACAUUGCUGGCCACUAGCGUCCAGGCACUGUGUGGGCUCUGCCUCCUCUGUCCCCGGGCAGCCAGGGUCUCAAGGGUGGCUCGCCUCAAGCUCUACCAUCUGACAUGUGGACUGGUGAUCUACCUAAUGGCUACGGUCACAGUGCUCCUGGGUAUGCACUCUGUGUGGUUCCAGGCCCAGAUCAAAGGUGCAGCCUGGUACCUGUGCCUGGCGCUGCCCCUCCAUCCAGCCCUGGUAAUCAUGCACCAGAUCUCCAGCUUCUACUUGCCAAGGAAGAAAAUGGAAAUGUGAAUUCCUCCAGACUGUGAAUCAAAAUGGGACACUUGACUUGGACUUCAGUGGUUCCUUUGGUGACCUUCAGGGAUCCACUUCAGAAGUGGUAGGGUUUUUGUAUUUCUUAGCUGGGCUAGGGGCUGCAGAAACCCAAACUGCCAUUGCUGACAGAUGACUCAGUGGGCCAAAAUGGGGAAAUGUACGGGGCGCAAGUGAAAGGUGAUGGGGAGCUUGAUCCUGAAGCCUCCACUAUUGAUGGGAGACAGAAGUGUUGGGUGGUGAUGGUGGUGGUGGUGGUGCUGGCAGUCAUUUCUUGCUUGCAUGCCUGGUGAAAAGUUGGAUUCCUGCAACUUAUGAAUGACAGCUAUGGCUCUUUGGGUCACUUUGAGAAAGCAGUGUAGUGGAGAGAGCCAGUGGGUCUUGUUUAUGGGGUAUGGUCCUUGUACACUCUAUUGUGGGACCUUAUGCGAGUCACAUGUCUCAGGACCUCAGUUUCCUCAUCUGUGUAAUGAGUGAUUGUUUCUAAACAAUCUCUCUUAACAUUCAGUGUCUGUCAAGUUGAUGUCACAGAACACCCUCCCAGGUCUGAACCAUGGGCUGACCCACUCAGCAGACUCAGGGUGUAAUUCUUACAUUCACUGUCUCCUUACCCCUCUGGAGGGACAGGUCUGCUCUCGUGGCCUUUCAGGAAUCUGUGCCGAUUUGGCCCCUGCACCAGGGGACAAGGGGUCAGGCACUGUGGAGAGAAGGGGCCCAGGUGAGGGUCUCCAGAACAUCAAGACAGUAAAGGCACUAAAGUCACUUUAAAACUUUUGGAGGAGCAAAAGGGCAUUGGCUUAACUAAGCCUUGGCUCUUGGCUGGGCUUCUUAGCCCAGCUAAGAACUUCCUUCAGCUCACUUCAGGAUCUGGGCUUGAGGGCUGCGAGACAUCCAUUCUCAGUGGCAAAGUAGUCCUGAGCAUCUCAUGUUUUGUCCUUCUUAGGGCUCAGGUCCUUGCCUUAGCACAUAGCUUCGUGGAGCUCUUCCGAAGCUGUUAGAACAAAAUAAGAGUCAAGGAAAUGGGGCAGGGCUCUUCUGAUCUAAGAGAAAACAAAGUGUCUCUGGUUCCCCUUCUCUCCUCGUCAGCUAAGCUUUCCUCAAGUGUCGUCUCUUGCCAGCUCUUUGGCCCAGGAGGGGGCUGAAUUUGGUGCCAGCUGGCAAAUGAGGGCUGGGCUCUCUUCCCUGCAGAGACCCCUCCUUGUUCCAAACUGAAAGUAUCAGUAGUUCCCCAGACUGCCCUCGGUGAUAAGGGCUGGAUGCUAGAUUGGUUAACUGUCGUCUGGCUCAGUCGGGGAGCUGGGACCUCCGUAGACCAUGGCAAAUACUGAAAAUGGCUGAGCCAGGAAAUUGGUGUUAAGGCUGGUAGAGAGAGUUCAGUGGGAACUCUGGGAGGCCUGUGGUGUAGGGCUUGGAGCUCUAGGUCCCGGGAGCAGGGGUAGGUGUUCCUAGAUAGCAAUAUUUUGGAUAUCUCAGGUCUUUAGAAGAUUCAAGACCUCCUCUCUGGGUGGCUCAGAAGCAGGGAGGUUGGUAUGAUUCAACAGUACAGGAGUCAGAACUGCAGGGGCAGAGGGGUCCUCUGAGCGGACCUCGCUAGGAUGCUUCCGGGUCAGGUGUCAUCUCCUAGGAGCUCUCCAGACCCUGAGCAUCUCAAGGGGGACCCCUGCUAUGCAGAGGGUGAUUGUUCCUGUCUUUUUCAUUGCCCUCUCUCCCCUCUCCAACUCCUCAGUGUGUCCUGAACUUGGGAGAGAUGGUUACUGGGGCUGCAUGGAGGAGAUUCUCACCGAGGGUCGCUUUGAUCAGGGAGUCCAUCUCCCCUUGCCCAGCACAGUCAGUGCUGGGAGUCUUACUCUGUCUAUAGCAGGGUAGGAAGGCUGGGUGGGGUUCACCAGCUUGCUCUGGGAGCCAAGCAGGCAACACCAUAAAGCCCGAGCCUGCCUGAGGUGUUGCCUCCUCCCAGGUGGUGCGGGGGCUGGUGAGCGGGCAGGCUGGCUGACAGCCGGCAGUUUGCGUGGGCAGUGCCAGCUGAUGUCUAUUCCCAGCCCUGGGAGGAAGGGGGAAGUCAUUUAUAUUCUGCAGGAGGAAGGGGUCCCAGCUGUCACUUCUCUGACCGGUAGGCCUCGGGGGGCAGAGGCACAGGGCAGAGAGGGGAGCACAGGUGGUCUCCUCCUGCUUAGCCAGUCUGAUUGCAGUAUAGGGAGGAGGUCGCCAGGAGGAGCCCUUCUUCCCAGCUGGCCAGAUUGUAGGGGGACUUCCCUCCGCUCCCCUCCUUUCUCCUUCCAUCACCACCUGCGCUCACAUCCUGGGGCAGCAGCUGGACAACCAUUAGACCUCAGUGCCAGGGCACUCUUCCUCCAGCUGGGAUCUCGGGGGCUGACGGCUGGCUGCAUAUGCCUCCUGCUUGUGUGUCUCCUCCUCCCUACACCCUCUAUCCCCCCACCUCCCUGUAUCUGCCCAUCUGGGGUAUUAUCUGGGCUCCUCAGGAGUGAGGCAGAGGCCUUGGGGGAGAAGCAAAUGGCCGCCCUUUUGCCCUUGUCCCCUAACCAGGGAAAGCUGCUAGUAGCCAGCCUGUUUUGCCUUUUUAAAAAAAAGCCAGGGUGUUCAAGUUUUUUUAAAAUUCUGUGUCAUUUGCACAAAUUUGCAUAUCAAGCUCACUAAGUCCUGAUUCCAAAUAUGAUUACAUUCAAACUCAGCCUUGAGGACAUUAGAAAUAUAGAUGCUUUUUGUAUCUAAAUCCAAAUGGUAAUAGGAUCACCAUUCUGGGUUCACAUACCACCCCGAAGCCCCCAUCUUUCCCAUAGCCACCACUUUCCCACCCCAACACUUCCCCCGGCCCUGCCCCUGGCUGGGGAGUGGUGUUGAGUGGCAGGAGCUCUGUCUGGGGAAGUCUCCCAGCCUCACCUUCUUGGCUUUUCAGCUGCAUCGAAGGUAGGCUGCUAUCUCUUGCCAGCCUGUGCCUCCUCUGGCCGCACCCUCUCACAGGGCAGACUACCUCUCCCCACUCCCUGACACUGGCCUGUCCCUUCCUUCUCAUCGUCCCCACCCUUCCACCCUGGGCAUGGCUGCUAUGGGUCUUCUUUUUAAAACCUCACUGUGGGAGAUCCAGGCAUUCUCCCUGAGCCAGCUGGCUGCUAUGCCAAGGCCCGUUCAGAGUUAAUAAUAAUCAUUAGCUGAACAGUGCUGGGGCCUUUCAGCUCCAGAUCUCUAAGCACUUGCAGGCUGAGUCAGCCAGCCCUCACCUUCCCCCUCUUCUUGGGCUGCAGAGAGAGGAGGGGUCAGGAGUCUCACCUCCCAGCCAAGCCUUAUCCUUCCUCUGGGAGCGGGCCCUGAGCAUCCUCUGAGUAAACUAAUAAGGCCUUUUCACCUGACAAAGGUCAAGAUGUAGGGAACGUAGUACAUGCUCCACUGACACUGGUAGUGGUGGCUGUUGACCUUGAACCUCUAGUACUCCUGCCCUUCCUUCUGUUGACCUGUCUUGGCCUCCAGGGGACACCCCUGACUCCCUCAGCAUUUCUGGUGGGCCUCUGCAGGCUUAGGGAGCAGGGAGGCGUCUGGUUCAGUGCUCCCGCUGCCCCUGCGUCUGGUUGGCAUAAGGAGCCUACAUAUCAUGAAGUGAAAAGUGAAUCGACCUGGGAGCUAGGAAGCCUGCAGUCUGGGUUAACCCAGCCCCUAACACUGGUGUGGCCACAGGCAAAUCACUUACUGCUUGACCUAUCUCACAGGGAUGUUGUGAGCGCUAGAUGACAGAAUGCAUGUUAACAGGCAUUGGGAAGUUCAAAGCAUUAAACAGAUGUAAACAGGUGGUAGUAUGUGCUUGUCCUUAUCUCUCUUUCACCCAGCCUGGCUCUGGGUUUUAUGCUUCUUUUAGGGAGGCAAUAAACAGUUAUGGAUAAUGAUGCUUAGAGGACCCAAGUCUCCGAAAGGUUGUGUUGCUGGCCAUCAUUGGAGAACACAGACAUUUCCUCCUAGAUGCAAGGUCAGGAAUGCCACCAAGGCUAUGACUCUAGUGAAGCUUGCCCUGAGUGCUGCCAGCUAGUGCUUUCAAGUCACGGGGCUGAUUGCAAAUCUGGGAGUCAGUUAUGCCCCAGGUCCAGCCUGAAGUUCCUGGAGCUGGUCUUAGUCUGGAGCUCCUGGUCACAAGUCUGUCUAAAUUUCUCCUACCUAAUUCUGCUCUUCUGAGGGAAAGGCAGAGCAGACGAUCCAGGAAGGGAGGAGCAACAGCAGUGGACACAACACUGCCACCCCAACCCUCUGGUUUCCCCCAUAGCCAGAGGCUGCCUCAGGCCCUCACCCAGGCACGGGGUGGAGGUGGGAAGCUGUGAGACACAACCCCUGGCUUGUUCACGGGUUUGUUUCUCCUUCCUUGUUUCAAGCUCUUGGAGUAGGAUCACAGCCCCUUCCUCCUCAAAGGACUUUAUUGGAAUUAAAACACACACGCACAUGCACACACACACACACACACACACGUGCCAUGAAAGCAGUUAUGUUUAAAUUAGGAGAAGGAUACUUUCCAUUCCAUUGGUCUGAGAACAGCCAGCAGUCUGCCUGGAGUGGGCACAGAGAGGCAGGCACCCCAGGAGCGCAGAGGCUUCAGUAUUUGGUUUUUAAUCUUGGUGGUUUUUAUUUUAUUUUAUUUUUCCCUAUCCUGGGAUCCAAGAAUGAAUCACUAGUCAGGCAUUGCGAUCAUGGCCUCAGCAAAGCAUAGGCACAGAGAAGACACAGCUGAAAGGCAGGAGGAUAGUGCCCCAGAACUGCCCUGGAGGGUGGUUUGAUGUAGACAGUCUCCAGCACUGGGCUAAGCUUAAAGCAGACAGAUUCCCUCCAUUCCCUCCAGUAAGACCACCUUCUCCCUACCCACCCAGAAGGCUUGACUAAGUUACCAAUGUGCAGGGAAUAAGUUCCAGUUUUUAAUCUACCUGCUAUUAGAAUUUCCCAGAUUUUUUCAACCUCUGUUAAAAGCAGAUUAAGUAGCUACUUCAGGCUAGUCUCUGGUACCAGAGGAUUCAACUUUGUCUCAUUGAGUAGACAUGAGGGGCCCCCAGCACCCCUCUCUUUAAAGCAGAUUCCCACUUAUCUCACAGUGUUUUCUAAGGAUGCCCAAGACUGGGCUCGGCCUUUCUGCUUAGGUCCACACCUAAAGCAAACUACGGCCAAGUGAAGGAGCAGUGCGAGGUUAAGGAAAAGCAGCACGAAGUUCUAUCCAGCUACAGUGCUCCCCAACCUGUGUGCAUGUUUGUAUGGGCGUGCACAUGCAUACACACCCCCCAACUUUGGGGUCAGUGACUCUCACCUUAUGUAUGUCAGUGCUAUAGGGCACCUAGAAGUUCCUGCAGGGCCUCAUGUCCUAAAGGUUGGUUCUCUCCAUGCCCUCUGUGAUUGUGGGAUUGUGACAAAGCCUAUGUUGACUGGAAGGCCUCAGGGCAGGAAAACACUUCAUGUUUUCCACACAACAGUAUAUAAGCCCGAUGAAAGGGCUUGACGUGGCAGCUGCUUUAGCUUUCCUCUCAAGCCUGGGGAGAGGAAGCAUCCAGCAUAGGCUCACUGUAGCCAGACCAGAAGAGCUAACCAUACUACUGCAUGGGCCUGAGCCUUUUCUGCAGUGUGGGUGGGGAAAGUGAAGCUUCACCAGUGGUUGCCCGGGAGACAAGGUAAGGGGUACAAGAGCUACAACUGCAGAAAGGGAAGGAGUUUGAGAGAUCAGAUGGAAGAGAGACUAGGCUGGGCAAUCCACUGAACUCCCAUUUUCUGUGCUAAAAGGUAACCAUCGUAUUAACCUCAUCCAUUCUCCUGCAGUGCCACCUAAGAGGAGCUAGGGGAAGAGCGGCAAGACAUGGCAGACAAAACUGCACAUCUUGGCCAGAUACUAUGGAACUCCCUGGGGGGUUGGGGAAGGGGGGAGAAGGGGAGGGUUGAAGAGGUGCAGCCACGGAUUCCUUGGGAUGAUGGAGAAAGGAGUAUCAAAACUUUUCAGGCACAGAGACAGGGCUUGGCACAGGCCAACAUACAGGGGAGAACUCUCAGUAGUCUUCCCCAGAUCUGUUCUCUUUAUCAGCUCACCCUCUUGGCUAAACUCAGCCAUAGCAAAAACUGCUUUGGAAAGAUUAAAAAAUACUAUAUAAAUGUAGACUCUGGGGGUGCUCUGGCAUCAACAUCUGUCAUUUCAUUGACUGCCAAGGUUGAUUGGUCUGAUGUGGUUGGCUGUGAGGUGUCUCCAUCCCUCACCACUUUACUUGUUCCUCGAAGAGAAAAAGACAGCUUUCCAGACAGAGGAGGACUGUCCUUUGGUCAAGAUUUUAUCAAUGUAAGAAAUUAGGUAAUUAUUCAAAUUCUGAUUCUUUUAUUUUUUUAUUUUGUUUUUUGGCUGCACUGCGUGACCGGCGGGAUCUUAGUUCCUCAAGCAGGGAUUGAACCCGUGCCCCCUGUAGUGGAAGCGUGGAGUCCUAACCACUGGACCGCCAGGGAAUUCCCCAAAUUCUGAUUCUUUUAAUUUCUUUUUUCCUUAUACCAUUUCCUCUUCCCUUGUGGAAUCUACCAUGACAAUCCCCUUCCAGAAGUACCAAGAGAGUAGCCAAAGAAACUGCAUGUUCAGAGUUUAGUAGAAUCCAGUCCAAUUUCUGGUAGGCUGUCUUCUGUACCAAGAAAGUGGGGACCGCAUUUCUGUGUUCUGUGCAAUGCCUAGGACAUAUUACACUGUCAAUGAAUAAUAACCUUCCUAUUAGAUUAACAUACUUUAAGCCAAACUAAGAUGGUUACCAUUCACGACAUGAACAUAUACCGGUAAUAAUCAAAAUACUGUGAAACCGAGCUGCUCUCCAUCAUUUCUUUUAACCCAGUCCAAGCAUUUUUCCAUGGUACAGUUUGUAGGCUUGAUCCAGACUUUUAAGAGAACUCUUCAGGGAGGCAACCCUCCUCCCCAGGGAUCCAGAAGGCCUUCUUUAUUUACAGGCUCUAGCCCCAAGUCAUGGAAUUUCUAAACUCUCUCUUGCUAAAGCUUCAGUGACAUUUCUUUUGAGAAUAUCUGCCGGGUUGGCAAACUAUGGUCUGCUGGCCAAAACCAACCUGCUGCCUGGUUUUGUAUGGUCUGUGAGCUAGUAAGAGUUUGUGCAUUUUUAAAUGGUUAAAAAACCUCAGAUACAUGUUACAAUGAUAUGGAAAUCACAUUUUAAUGUCCAUAAAUAAAGUUUUACUGGAACAGAGCC